AUGUCACCCGAGGAAGAGCGCCAGGCUGCCCUGGACUCGUACCGCGCGAAGCUCAUCGAAUCCCGCGAAUGGGAAGCAAAGCUCAAGAACCUGCGGCUAGAGAUCAAGGACCUGCAGAAGGAGUUUGACCGGACAGAGGACAACAUCAAGGCGCUGCAGAGCGUGGGCCAGAUCAUCGGCGAGGUGCUGAAGCAGCUGGACGAGGAGAGAUUUAUUGUCAAGGCAUCUUCCGGACCUCGAUAUGUUGUCGGCUGCAGAUCGAAGGUGGACAGGGCGAAGUUGAAGCAGGGUACUCGUGUGGCGCUGGACAUGACGACGCUCACAAUCAUGCGCAUGCUGCCGCGUGAGGUCGAUCCUCUGGUCUACAACAUGUCACUCGAGGAUCCCGGCCAGGUCAGCUUUGCCGGCAUCGGUGGCUUGAACGACCAGAUUCGCGAGUUGAGAGAAGUCAUCGAACUUCCCCUCAAGAACCCGGAACUCUUCAUGCGAGUCGGCAUCAAGCCCCCCAAAGGUGUUUUGCUCUACGGUCCGCCGGGAACGGGAAAGACUCUUCUCGCCAGAGCAGUGGCAAGCAGCCUGGAAACCAACUUUCUCAAAGUCGUCUCGUCGGCCAUUGUCGACAAAUAUAUUGGCGAAUCUGCCCGGCUGAUACGCGAGAUGUUUGGUUAUGCCAAGGAGCACGAGCCCUGCAUCAUCUUCAUGGACGAGAUUGAUGCCAUCGGCGGUCGGCGAUUCUCAGAAGGUACCAGUGCGGAUCGCGAGAUCCAACGCACCCUGAUGGAGCUGCUCAAUCAGCUCGACGGCUUCGACUACCUCGGCAAGACCAAGAUCAUCAUGGCCACAAACCGGCCCGACACCCUGGAUCCGGCGCUGCUACGUGCUGGGCGACUGGACCGCAAGAUCGAGAUCCCGCUACCCAACGAGGUGGGCCGGCUGGAGAUUCUCAAGAUCCACGCCCAGAGCGUCAUUCUUGACGGCGAGGUGGACUUUGAAAGCGUGGUGAAGAUGAGUGACGGACUGAACGGAGCCGACCUGCGAAACGUGGUCACAGAAGCCGGCCUGUUUGCCAUCAAGGAUUAUCGGGACUCCAUCAACCAGGACGACUUCAACAAGGCGGUGCGCAAGGUGGCCGAGGCGAAGAAGCUGGAGGGCAAGCUCGAGUACCAGAAGCUGUGA